GUUUAUUACUUCAACCAAGCUGAGAGCUCAGUGUGAAAAAAGCGGAGAGUGGGUGUCAGGUGUCAAUAGGCUACGUCACGCAGGUAUAAUGGUGAAAGGUGUGGUGACGGGUGCGUUCACUGGCUGGUUUGAAAAAGCACAAAGCAGUCGUCGAGCUGGAAAAUCUGCUCGUUGAACACACCCGUCUGUAGAAACUUUGUGAAGCAGGAGAGAGAGGCUGGGAGAGCUCGCGUACACUGUAGUUAGCCUACUUACGCAGUUUAGACCAAAAGCUGCUAAAAUGAGCAAAAUCGCGAAAUUAUUCAAGGGGAGCUCCAGCUCGAGUUCAUCGAGCUCCUCAAAGUCCAAACACCACCGGUCGCGGGGAGGACCUUCACCCCAAGAGGCCAUUCACAAACUUCGGGAAACAGAAGAAAUGCUGACGAAGAAACAAGACUACCUGGAGAAAAGAAUAGAGCAGGAGAUUAUGAUAGCCAAAAAGAAUGGCACAAAAAACAAGCGAGCUGCUCUGCAGGCCUUGAAGAGGAAGAAGCGCUUGGAGCAGCAGCUCACGCAGAUCGAUGGCACACUCUCCACCAUCGAGUUUCAGAGGGAAGCUUUGGAGAACUCGAACACCAACACAGAGGUCCUGAAGAACAUGGGCUUUGCUGCCAAGGCCAUGAAGCAGGUCCACGAGAACAUGGACAUUAACAAGAUAGAUGAUCUGAUGCAGGAUAUCACAGAGCAACAGGACGUGGCCCGAGAGAUCAGCGAAGCAAUCUCCGGACCUUUUGGCGAGACAUUCGACGAGGAUGAGCUGAUGGCAGAACUGGCAGAGCUGGAACAGGAGGAGCUUGAGGACAGCAUGAAGAGCAUGGGCGGACUACCAAGUGUGCCCAGCUCCAAACUGCCUUCCGCACGGCCCAGUCACCGCGCAACAACCAAGAAAAGGGUUGAAGAUGAUGACGACAUGCGCAUGCUGGCAUCGUGGGCAACUUAAGUACAUUAAGGAAGCCUUAAUGUACAUAGCCAGAUCUCUUAUCUAUCUAUCUAUCUAUCUAUCUAUCUAUCUAUCUAUAUAUAUAUAUAUAUAUAUAUAUAUAUAUAUAUAUAUAUAUAUAUAUAUAUAUAUAUAUAUAUAUAUAUUUAUUAUUUUUGAAGGUUAAUAGGGAAAACAAGCAUUAUAUUAUUUUUUAAAUACGUUUUUUUGCUUAUUGGCUUGUAAUGGCACUUUGCAGGUUAUAUUUAUCAAGAAAUUUUAAGUGAAGGAAUCAACACACUGUAUUUUAGAUUUAUGUUCAGCAUUCUUACCAUUCUGUGUAUAGAAUUAACUACUUUCAUAGGCCUAAUGAUGACAUUAUAAGGAUAUGACUGCAAUGUUUUAACACCACUGCUUAACUGUAUUGGCUGUAAAUAAAGUCUGAUUUUGCAUUAAUGUUGUAAAUACAUUGCUUACUUGCAUCAACAAUAAAACAGUCCCCUAGUGUCUAA